UCUACGAGCUUUACCACAAUGGGACUCAGACUGUGGGAGAACGUGUCCUCUCAUAUGAUGUUGGUGACUACUGCAUCACUAAUAUGGUUGGGUGGCCUGGGGCGAUCACUGCAGUGUCUAGCAGAGUGACAGCACCGACCAUCUCUCUUGCUAUGGGGCUAGAAGAGAAGUGUGCUGUUGUGAAACUGAAGCCGACCUUACAGACUGUCAAGAAAGAUGAAAUUCUAUCUCAAGUACUCAAAGCAAAGGAAAAAGCUCACAGUGGCUUAAGACGAAGAAGAACAAGUGAACGGAGUGCAGAAGAAGGUUCAACAGAAAAAGAAGAGAUAAGAGAAGAAAAACUUAGAAAGAAGUCUUUAAAUACAACACUGCGGGGAAAUAAAUACUUUUCUUUUGAUGUGGAGGUUGUCGGCUCUAAAGAAACAGUUUUAAAGAAGAAGUCCGAGGCUGAAACAUAUCAAAAGUGCUGUGGUAUAUCUUCAGACUACAAGUUUCUAGUGACUGGGGGUACUGAUGGCUACCUCAGGUUUUGGAGUUUGCCAGACAUGAAAAAAAUUAAAGAAAUACAAGCACAUGAAAAGGAAGUUGAUGAUUUAAAUAUCAAGCCUGAUGGCAAGGAGGUAGUAUCUGUGUGCAAGCCAACCCGAGAGUGUUGUGUUUGGAAUGUGAAGGAUGGCAAGAAAUUUACUCAUGUGGCACUACAAACGAAUGGAGUGAAAUAUAAAUGUUUUCGUGCCAGGUAUGGAAAUGUUGAGUGCAACCCAAACAAGACUCGGCUCUUCACAAUCAGUAAUCCAGUUGUUGGAACGAAACAUCCUGCAAUUGUUGCCAAAUGGUGUGGUAGAACUUACACCCAAGAAAAAACCCAGAACUUAAUUGGCUCCUUAAGCAGCUUAUCCCUGAGUGACGAUGGUCGGUUCCUUGCAACUGGGACAAUGAGCGGGACAGUUUACAUCCUGAUUGCUUUCAGUUUGCAGCAACUACGUACAGUAGAAGAUGCUCAUAGCAUGUUCAUUACGGGAUUGGAAUGGUUACCAACAGAAAACAAAGAAUCACAGAUGGUGCGAGGAUUCUCUGAUGCCUCUGUUCUCUCCAUAUCCUGUGACAACUCCCUCAAAAUUCACCACAUUCCCAGGCAAGGAAUGGUACCAGUGUGGGUGGUGGCCAUCCUUGCAGCUGUCAUAUUGUGCUGUGCAUUUCUGUUAGCCAACUUUCUAGGACUUUAAAUCAUGUUUAAUAAAAAAUGACUUAGAUAAAUGUUUUAUCAAUUUUUUGUAAUAAAUUUUUAAGUGUUCCUGUCUAUAGUAAUUUUGUCUAUAAAAAAUAUAUUUUAUAUUUUACGGAAGACAAUGAGAUGUUGACAGUUUAAAUAGCUUGUAGAGUCGCUGAUAAGCGCAAGGUCUUAUAAGAACAAGUGCAAGGGCAUGUAAGAACAAGCACAAGGGCUUGUAAGAACAAGCGCAAGAGCUUGUAAGAACAAGCACAAGGGCUUGUAAGAACAAGUGCAAGGACUUGUAAGAACAACAAGUGCAGGGGCUUGUAAGAACAACGAGCGCAAGGGAUUGUAAGAACAACAAGCACAAGGGCUUGUAAGAACAAGCACAAGGGCUUGUAGGAACAACAAGUGCAAGGGCUUGUAAGAACAACAAGUGCAAGGUCUUGUAAGAACAAGUGCAAGGACUUGUAAGAACACAAUGCAAGGUCUUUAAGAACAACAAGUGCAGUCUUGUAAGAACAAAUGCAAGGUCUUGUAAGAACAACAUGCACAAGGUCUUGUAAGAACAACAAGUGUAAGGUCUUGUAAGAAUAAGUGCAAGGGCUUGUAAGAACAACUAGUGCAGUCUUGUAAGAACAAAUGCAAGGUCUUGUAAGAACAACAUGCACAAGGUCUUGUAAGAACAACAAGUGUAAGGUCUUGUAAGAAUAAGUGCAAGGGCUUGUAAGAACAUCAAGUGCAAGGUCUUGUAAGAACAAAUGCAAGGUCUUGUAAGAACAACAAGCACAAGGGCUGGUAAGAACAACAAGUGCAAGGUCUUGCAAGAACAACUUGCAUAAAACCCUGAAAUGUUGAAGAUUUAUUUAUGUAUUUUUCAGUAUUAUUUAUUCCUUAGGCAUUGUUCGACUCUACAUCUAACUUUACUUUGUCCUUUGUAGAGAGAAAUCCUUGUAGUCGUAACAUUAUUGAUGCUGUGUUGCACUCUACACAAGGCUUCCUAUUGAAACUUUCACUUUCUCUAGCAGCGCCAAAUUUAGAGGCAGUACCUAAUGUGAAGACACGUGUACGGUAUACAUAAAUGUAUUUUUUUAUAUUGUACAGUAAUGUACAAAAUAAUGUUCUAUACUAGUAUAUUCUAAUUUACAUGCAUAUGUAUAUACAUACAUAUGUACAUACAUACAUAUGUACAUACAUACAUAUGUACAUACAUACAUACAUAUGUACAUACAUACAUACCUAUACACACAUAUUUGCAUAAUUAUUCAUACAUGUUCAUACAUAUUCAUGCAUACAUGUACACAGCUUUAUGCUGUAGAUAUGUUUCAGGCACUUGGCAGUUGCAAUAAGCUUAUUCAGCAUAGACAAGAAGACCAGUUGAAAUUUGGGCUUACAAACAAUCCAGUUGAAACAGCCCCAUCAUGGGAAAGGCUGCUGAAGUCGCUUUAUUAAAGAAAAAUUAUUUUACGAGUGUGAACUCAUAACUUCAUAAGAAACGGUAAACAUACUUUGCCUAGUCAUCUAAAUUUAUUGAGAUUUGUUUUGUCACAAUAUUAAUGCUAUCUUUCAGAUGAGGAUGCUGUGCUGAUAAAUAAAACAAAACUUGUAUUAAAACAUUAAAAAACAAAUCAAAUGAUAAUGGGAGCUAUGAGAAUAAUGAUUACUUCUGUCAAGUGAAGAACAUUUUAAUGCAUUCCUCUCUCUACUGAGCUGUUUCUGGGCAAUUCAGUAUAUCCUUUCCAUACUGAGCCAUGUCUGAACAUCUUGGUAUACACCCUAUUCAGAUAUUUCAUUGCAUCAAUUUUGUACUAAGCAAUGUAGAAAUCGAAAACUAGGUGUGAAAUACAAUUUAUUUGUUUAAUUGAUGUACUGUAGUUGAACAAAAAAAGACAUGGCACAACUGUCCAUGAAAGAAGGCUUAAGGAUACACAAUUAUAUAUACUGUACAAUAUAUAUAUAUAUAUAUUUUUUAACAAAUCAGCUGUAUCCCACCAAGGCAGGGACCUAAAAAGAAAAACAAGUUUUUCUUUUUAAAUUUAGUAAUUUAUGCAAGAGAAGGGGUUACUAGCCCCUUGCUCCCAGCAUUUUAGUUGCCUCUUAUGAUAAGCAUGGCUUAUGGUGGAAGAAAUCUGUUCUAUUUCCCCAUGGAGAUUACUUCUUAGUAAGGCUUAGUAGGCUUUAGAUAGGGAUGUGUAAUGUCACUGUGGUUGUUUAACAUAUUUGUAGAUGGGGUUGUAAAAGAAGUAAUUGCUAGGGUGUUGGGGAGAGGGGUGGGAUUAAAUUAUGUGGAAUCAAAUACAAAAUAGGAGUUGACAUAUUUACUUCUUGCUGAUGAUACUGUGCUUUUUGGAAAUUCUAAAAAGAAAUUGCAAAGGUUGGUGGAUGAGUUUGGGAGGGUGUGUAAAGGAAGAAAGUUGAAAAUGAACAUAAAUAAGAGUAAGGUGAUGAGGGUAUCAAACAAGUUAGGUAAAGAAAAAUGGGAUAUCACAUUGGAGGGAGGGAGUAUGGAAGAAGUGAAUGUAUUCAGAUAUUUGGGAGUAGACUUGUCAGUGGAUGGGUUUAUGAAGGACAAGGUAAAUCAUAGAAUUGAUGAAAGAAAAAGGGUGGGUGGUGCAUUGAGGUAUCUGUGGAGACAAAGAACAUUAUCUGUGGAGGUAAAGAAGAGAAUGUAUGAGAGUAUAGUGGUACCAACACUCUUAUAUGGGUGUGAAGCACAAGUUCUAAGUGCUGCAGCAAGGAGGCUGUAGGCAGUGGAGAUGUGUCUAAAGUCAUUGUGUGGUGUAAAUGUUAAGCAGAGUAUUCAUAGUGUGGAAAUUAGGAGGAGGUGUGGAGUAUCUAAAUGUAUAAUUUACAGGGUGUAUGAAUCUGUAGUGGAGGGGGGAGGGGUAGGGGGUCAUCCUAGAAAAGGAUGGAGGGAGGGGGUGAAAGAGGUUUUGUGCAAGGGGCUUGGACAUACAGCAGGCAUGUGUGAGUGUGUUAGAUAGGAGUGAAUGGAGACAAGCUGUCUGUAUGACAAGCUGUUGGGAUACAAGUAGGGCAGUAUUUUGUGAAGGGAUUCACGGAAACCAGUUACCCAGACUUGAGUUGGAGGGGGAAGUACAAUGCCUGCACUUUAAAGGAGGUGGUUUGGGAUAUUGUGUUUGGAGUGACAUCUAAACUGUCAUAUCUGUGUACCUCUGCAAAGACAGUGACUAUGUAUGAAUGAUCAUGAAAGUAUUUUUCUUUUUUGGGUCACACUGCCUUGGUGGGAUAUGGCCAGUGAAUUGAAGAAAAAAAUAUAUUCUCAAUUAAGAAAUUUCAUUACAUAAAUGAAAUAUAUUCCUUUAUCCCUCUUCAUGGUGGAAAACCUUUCAAUUCAGUAUUUUCUUUCUUAGAUAUUUAAAAGAAGUUUAGAAAAGGCUACUUUCUUUGUGUGCCACAUUUGUGCAGGACGGCAGUUGCAGGUGAGGAGUGUAGGCUGCUGCUUUCCACAGGAGAGCUCACCACACAAAACAUUAGAAGCAUUUAUAAUCAAACUUGUUUUUUGAAUCUAAAUUAAAUUAAAUUCC